AGGAGUUUACUGAAUUUGUCAGUAUUAGGAGACUUCCAAUAGCGAGACAUGACUGCUGUAGAACGGACUUUGAAAACCCGUUUUGGGUUUGAAAAGUUCCGAUCUCGGCAACAAGAAGAUGUCGUUAGAGCGGUGAUAAAAGGUGAGAGGGAUGUAUUUGUGUGCAUGCCAACCGGAGCGGGGAAGUCUUUGUGUUACCAGCUCCCUGCAGUACUGGCCACUGGCAUCACCCUAGUCAUAUCUCCUCUCAUUGCACUCAUACAGGAUCAGGUAGAGCACCUUAAGACCCUAAACAUUCUGGCAUCUUCCAUUAACUCCAAGCUCCCACUGGAGGAGAGACGGCAGAUCCUGGCCGACCUGGAGAGCGAGAGUCCCCGGCUAAAGCUGCUCUACAUCACACCUGAGAUGGUGGCCUCCCCGUCCUUCCAGCCUUGCCUGAACUCAAUUUGCUCCCGUGGGCUGCUGGCCCUCCUGGCGGUGGAUGAGGCUCACUGUGUCUCGCAGUGGGGCCAUGACUUCCGGCCUGACUACCUGAAGUUGGGCGAGCUGCGGUCCCGCCUCCCCGGAGUGCCCUGCGUGGCCCUGACGGCCACAGCGCCCAAGCGUGUGCAGGAGGACAUUGCACACGCACUCAGGUUAAAGUCACCGCUCACCUUUGUCUUGCCUGUGUUUCGGAAGAACCUGAAGUACGACGUGAUAUUUCGAGAUCUGCUUCCUGACCCGUACAUUCAUCUGCACGCGUUUGCAAAAGAAGCACUCGGGGGGAGCACGGCAGAGAAGGGUUGUGGGAUUGUGUACUGUCGCACAAGGGAGAGUUGUGAGGAUGUGGCACAUAGACUGACUAAGCUUGGCAUCAUGGCUAAGCCCUACCAUGCAGGACUGAAGGCAGGAGACCGCACCACGUCGCAAGCUGACUGGAUGGAAGGCAGGGUGGCUGUCAUUGUUGCUACCAUUAGCUUUGGAAUGGGUGUAGACAAGGCCGAUGUCAGGUUUGUAGCUCACUGGAACUUGGCCAAGUCCUUGGCCAGCUAUUAUCAGGAGUCGGGGCGAGCUGGCCGAGAUGGCCUCCCAUCUUUUUGUCGCAUGUACUACUCUCCCAAAGACAGAGACCAGCUCAACUUCCUCAUCCGCAAAGAGGUUGCCCGCAAACAGGAGAAGCGAGGUUCACAGAAAGAGUUGGACAAAGCACCUAUUCUGGAUUUUGAGGCCAUGGUUGCCUUCUGUGAAAAAGAGGGAUGCAGACAUGCCACCAUCUCCCAAUUCUUCGGGGACCAGAAGCCCAACUGUGACGGUGCAUGUGAUUUCUGCCAUAACCCUAAAGUGGUGCGUGCCCAGCUGGAGAGAGCUUCCGCCCUCAGCACCAGGACUGAGCCGGCACGACGCUCUGAGCCCCGGGGGCCAUUCGGGUUUGACCCGGAGCUCUAUGCCGGCGGAAGGAAAGGUUAUGGCUUUGAGAGGUAUGAUGAGGAGUGGGAGAGCCAUGCUGAGGAUGACUCUGAGAGACGGAAGAAAGAGUUUGGAGAUAUGUUUAGGAAGCAGAUGAGCCUACGCAAGGGAUUAGGUGGCCCAAAAGAUUCUUUUGUUCCACCAGACGCUGACUGUCAGCUAAAAGAGGCCUGCAGCCAGAGAAUCCCCCGACUCUCAGUGAAGACACGUGAGCACUGUCUGGCUCUUCUCCAUGAAUACCUGACCAAUCACAGAGUGGAAGUGGAUGACUCUGACAGCACUGACACACUUUCUCAGGCUGUAGAAAUAGAGCAUGAGGUGUUCAGGGCUUGCAAGAAUGCAACCCUCUACAGGGCUGCGGUGCUCAAGAAGGUAUCAGACCUAAAGAAAGGCUCAGGGCAUGCAGAAGCGCCCCCUGUGGACGAGGAUGGAAAUGCGUGCAGCUCUUGUGUGAAUGGAGGUGAAUCAAAGAUAGCUCAGGAGGAAGCAGCCACCUCCUCUUCCUCAUGCAUCCCUGAAGAGCAGCAGGGCUUCACUCCAGCCUCCCAGGUGUAUUCACUGAAGAGAAAGCGGGUGGGGGCAGGCUUCCGUGGCUCCUCCAACCCCUUCCAGACUGCAGCGGAGCUCCUGAAGACCUCUCAGCAUGAGGUCCUCUCAGCAGGGCUCACACCUCAAGGACCUGCCCGAAAGGAAGAGGAGCAGGAAGAAAAGCCAGAAGCAAAGAGGACAUCUCUCUCUGUCUCCUCAGGUUCCAAAGACCACACUUCCUUAGAUAGCUCGAGCAAGAGCUGGGGCAAACCACUGAGCAAGAAAGAGCAGAAACGAGCAAAUGCGGCCAAGGACUCGUAUUGCAUCUCGCGGUACUUUGAGAAGAAGAAGAUGGAGAGCACCCAGAGGGAGAGCAACACAGUCCCAGAGCCUGAGGAAGGAGGUCCUACUCUGGUCACAGCUCCAGAAUGGAAAGGAUCGACCAUAGCCUCUCCUACUGACAUGAAAGCCAAAAACACUGGCUGCUCCAAGGAUGUGGAAAGUAGAUCACAGAAUCCGAGACUUGUGGUAAAUCCCCCUGUAGACGUUACCAUGUACCAAGCAGUGAAGGAGACAGCCAGGAUCGAGGAGGCCAUGCGGGAAUCUGAGUCUGCAACAUUGCUAGAGCUCCAGAGGGAGGAGCCCCAGUCUGGUGUCCAGCAGUUGUCACCAGGAGUGGUCAUCUCAGCUUCUGUUCUCGAUCAGCCCAGUGGACGGACAGCGUUCCCCUGUGUCAGCCGCCCACCCAGUAACUGCAAGAGGAGGGUGACCUUUGACCCUGUGGUACAUGAGAGCAAGGUGGACACAGAAAACAGAUACACUAAACAGCUCUUACCUGAGGCUGUGACACUGAAAGAAGCAGCCAACAUUGUAGUGAGAGUCUUGGAUCCUUUCUACAAAAAGGGCAAGUUUGCUACUAAGGACCUGUUCAAGUCAUUUGCACGCUUCCUCUCCCAUCUCCUUGUAGAGGGAAAAGCCAAAGAUCAAGCCAAAGUGAAGACGGAGGCGAAGUGCCUGAUCAAGAGCUUCUUCAGCAGCGUGCAGCGCUGCGAGAGUGAAGCAGACUGGGAAGGCCUGCGGGGGCGGGACCAAUAACCCCCACCCCACCCUCCACCUCCCACCCCCAUCUCAGGUCCCUGCAUGGGAACACGUGCCUGGCUGCUGCUGGUUAUCUUAAAGCUACUCGACUCUUGGCAACUGAUGCUCAGCUGGUCCCACUAAAUGCACCUUAAUGGCAACUGCUGGUUGUAAGAAGCAGCUGGAGACACUUUAGUUUUGAUGUAGCAUUAGCUACUAGCUGCUAACUUAGAUGCUGCAAUGUGAAAUGCUGAAUUCCUUAACAAUAUUCAGAGGUUUGAGUGUAGACAUGGAAAAUACCAAAAGUACCAAACAGUUCUCAACAUUCUAGGUUCUACAUGUGAUUAGUUUACAUUUUUACAUAUUUCUUUGGUGUCGUGUCUUUAGAACUGACAUUUUCUUAAUUUUGUGGGUAAUAAUCCUAAGUGGACAUGACAUCCAUUUGACUCCCAUGACUCAUGUAAAAUGAAAAUAAAUAAUAUGCAUUAAUAUGCAUUCUUUAAAAUAAAAAUAUCUUCUAAAAUA